AUGAAGAUUGGACUAUUUGAAGGUCUCAAAGCUUACAGGACAGAAGACGACCGGAUCAGGCUUUUCAGACCUGAAGAAAACGCUCGUCGUAUGCAAACAGGUGCGGAUAGGCUUUGUAUGACACCACCUUCUCUGGAGCAAUUCGUCGACUCAGUUAAGCAAACCGUGCUUGCCAACAAGAAAUGGGUAUGGACUAUGAACUAUGGACCAAUGUCUCUCUAUUCAGAUAUGAUUCUUGAUCUCUACAAGUUUCUAAAAGUUCCUCCUCCGGGUAAAGGAGCUUUGUAUAUAAGGCCUUUGCUAAUAGGGAGUGGCGCUAUACUUGGAGUUGCUCCAUCACCUGAGUACACUUUCCUCAUUUACGCAUCUCCCGUAGGAGAUUACCACAAGGUAAGCUCAGGCUUGAACCUAAAAGUUGAUCAUAAGUAUCACCGAGCCCAUUCGGGUGGAACGGGCGGUGUCAAGAGCUGCACUAACUAUUCUCCAGUAAGUAAAGAGACACCAGAAACAUUUCAUCCAUGGCAACAGGUUGUGAAAUCGAUGGUCGAAGCAAAGUCGUCGGGUUUCUCUGAUGUCUUGUUCCUGGAUUCGGCAACUGGUAGAAACAUCGAAGAGGUUUCUGCUUGUAACAUCUUUAUUGUCAAGGGGAACAUUGUGUCCACACCACCAACUUCAGGAACCAUUUUACCAGGAAUCACAAGGAAAAGCAUAAUCGAGCUAGCUCGUGAUCUCAGCUACCAGGUUCAAGAACGUGAUGUUUCUGUGGAGGAGCUCCUAGAAGCAGAGGAAGCUUUCUGCACGGGAACUGCAGUGGUCGUGAAAGCUGUUGAAACUGUGACCUUCCAUGACAAGAAAUAUAAAGACCCUAACAAUCAAAUCUUUCUUGGGUUACAUAGUGCUGAUACCUCGGGUCAUGGUAAAGUUCAGGACAGGAGAAGCAGCGUUGUGCACGAAGCUUCACUCGAUGCUGACGAGUAUUCAAACAGUGUUUUCUUUUAUGAGACUUGUAAUGAAGAACUCUUAAAAGAUAAGAAAUCUACAAAGUUUCAUUCGUACAAAUACAAACUUAAAGGACGGGAGAAUGAAAGAUGUUUGGGCACCGACCAAUCGAGAAAAGACUUGUGUGGAAUCCAAUACAGACUUGCCACUACGGAUAUAAUUUUCUUCUCUUCUCUUACUAUUGCCCCUGCCAUGACUGAGCAACUCACUCAGUUAGUUGAGUUUGCAAAGAAACCGAUCAGUAAUAAUGUCGCUAUCAAGAUAGGUUCUGGUUUCACUGGAUCUUGGACAGUCAUCCCUAAUAGAGCUAAUACCUUAGGGCAAGCUCAAUGCGUAAGGAUUCUCCAGCACAAGAAAGCGUCGCUGUCGGUGGAGAUACGACUCUAG